UUUGCUUUUUCUUCACAUCCCAAUUGACCAUUUUCCUUUGCUUUCUCUUCUUCACACCCAAUUUUUGGGAUCUAAAAUUAAGCUUUGUGGUGAUUCAACAAUGGGAGAAGCUGCUGGUUUCACUGAUCCAGAGAAGCAGAACCUUCUUCUUCAUGAUCAUGAGGAGAAGCACUUCAUGUCUAGUGAAGUUGUCCGCGACAUCAUCAUUGGCGUCUCCGAUGGCCUCACCGUCCCGUUUGCCCUCGCAGCUGGACUUUCUGGGGCCGACGUUACCUCUGGCAUCAUCCUCAUUGCUGGAAUUGCUGAAGUUGCUGCCGGAGCCAUCUCCAUGGGACUUGGCGGAUAUCUUGCAGCUAAAAGUGAGGCCGAUCAUUACAUGAGAGAACUAAAAAGGGAACAAGAAGAGGUCAUUGAAGUACCAGACAUAGAGGCUGCUGAGGUGGCAGAUAUAUUGUCACAGUAUGGUGUUGAAGCCCAUGAAUAUGGGCCUGUUGUUGCUGCUCUUAGAAGGAACCCUCAAGCAUGGGUUGAUUUCAUGAUGAAAUUUGAAUUGGGGUUGGAAAAGCCAGAUCCAAAGAGGGCAGUAAUAAGUGCAUUAACAAUAGCCAUAUCCUACAUAAUGGGAGGGUUGGUGCCCUUAUCGCCAUACAUGGUGUUCCCUUCACCUGGAGAAGCUGUGAUUGCUUCUGUAAUCGUAACCAUAAUUGCAUUGUUAAUCUUCGGCUUUGCUAAGGGCUAUUUCACUGGUAAUCGUCCCGUCAUGAGUGCCCUACAAACCGCCUUCAUUGGAGCCAUGGCUUCCGCUGCUGCUUUCCUCAUUGCAAAGGCUUUUCGUACCUAAACUUAAAUCGAGAAAUUGCUUGAUCUCGCUACCACAAUAUGACUGUCACUUGUCAAAUUAUUUGUCGCGUAGGAAGAAGUAUAACUGGAUAUAGUCAUGGAUCGAUCUAGUAGUUAGGGACCUAAUGGUUCUUCAAUUGUUAUAGUUGCUUUUCAUCAUCUCUUUUGGAUAUGCGCACUUUUAGUGUAAAUGUACUCGAAUUUAUCGAAUCAACCUCUUAUAUUAACUAGCUAAUCAAAUAUUCAAAACUCCCGCAUUUUCUUA